CUUGUUUAUUCUGCUUGACCUUAGCGCACAUGCGUUCAUCAUGCUGUUCCUUUUGCAGUGACAUUAUGCUGUUAACGUUAUAAUUAAUAUAGUACAGUGUAUCUCCCUUUAAAAGUUAUCGGAAUACAGUAGCAAUUUAAGUACAAAGGCUAAAGAGGUGCUGUACAAAACAAGGCACUGUAACGGCUAUCUGAAGAGAUCUAACUUUUCCGUAGGUUAAUGCAGUACCGAAGAUGUCAACUCCCUGUAGGUCAAUGCUCAUCUCCGUGCUUCUCCGAAGGUUCAAUGGGAGGCUGUAUUUCUCCUCGAAGAAAAUCUUACAGCACUCAAAUGUGCCGAUAACCUUCUGUCCUACAGCAAGUACAAGCGGACGACUUCCUCGCCACCAGUGUGUAUCUACGUAUGCUCACUUGUUUCAGGCCCCUAAUAAUCUGGGAAAGCUCCCGGUUCAGCGUUGUCUAUCCAGUCAGAUUGGGGUUCCUUUCCAAGAAGAUGAAUACCCUCCCCUGCCAGACUACAAUGCAAAACCAGAAGCAGAAGCAAAGGAGAUCUUUAUUGUUCGAGCCAAAGGCCUACCCUGGACCUGCACAGCUGAUGAUGUGCAGAGGUUCUUUUCAGAAUGCAGAAUCCGCGAUGGUGUCAAUGGAAUACACCUAACCACGAAAAGAGAUGGAAGGCCAAGCGGCGAGGCCUUUAUUGAGCUAGAGGAUGAAGAAGAUGUCCAAAAAGCUUUAGAGAAGCACAGGCAGUUCAUGGGAUCCCGCUACAUUGAAGUGUUUGAAGUGACAAACAACGAUGCAGAAGAUAUCCUGAGGCAGUCUGCAGAUUCUCCAGUUAAGGAUGGAAUUGUUAAACUCCGAGGACUUCCAUACACCUGCACUGAAAAUGAUAUAAUUCAUUUUUUUUCAGGUCUUGACAUCAUUCAGAAUGGAGUGACACUGGUAAAGGACUUCAGGGGACGGAGUACUGGGGAUGCUUAUGUGGAGUUUGCAUCACAGGAAAUGGCUGAUCAGGCAUUACAGAGGGACAGAGAAAUAAUAGGAAACAGAUAUAUCGAAGUGUUCCCGAGCCAGAAGAGUGCGAUUCGAGCCAAGUAUGAUUCGCAGAAGAAAAGGGGAGACUUCCAACCUUCAUUUCUGGAGCCUGGGUCCAGUCAUACAGCCAGAAGGACUGUUGAAAAUGUCACUGAUGUACCUCCUCAGCAUAGGAGAAGCAUUUGUGCUCCGGAGUGGGAGUCUGAAAAUGAUCCAAGUGCAAACCUGUGUGCUUACCACAUACAUAUUAGAGGCUUGCCUUUUCAGGUUACUGGACAAGAUGUUGCAGAAUUUUUCUCUCCGCUGAAGCUUGUGAAGAUCCAGAUCGAGUACAGCGGGGAUGGCAGAGCCACUGGUGAGGCCGAUGUGUACUUUGCCACUCACGAAGAGGCAGUGAUGGCCAUGUCCCGAGACAGGAUGCUUAUCCAACAUCGGUAUGUGGAGUUGUUCCUAAAUUCUGGAAAAAACAAAGAGGAGGUGAAAACAGGAGCCAGUGAUGACACACUGUGAAAUCUCAAGAAUGUUUAAUAGAGCAAUAUCAUUUUGGAAAUCUGAACAUUUAUUUAUUGAUUUUUAAAAUUACCAUGCUUCUUUUCAAGUGCUGUCCAUGCAAUCUGUUGUACACGUCGAAUAAAUUGCUUCUGUGAUUUCUUUGAAAACUGCAGAACCAUAUGAUUUUUGUAUCAUUUCACCGUAAUAUUAAAAAUGUUAUUUAAACAUUCACUAUUAGUAUGGUUCUCAAUGUAUAAAUGAAUGAGCAAUAGUUCUUCAAUGAAAAAUGAAGUAUCCAUAUGCACAGUACUGAUAUGUAUAGUACCACAUAUUACUGAAUUGUUAAAAUGGCUUUUAAAUAAAAAUAUGUUCUUGA